CGAGACACGUGACGGUGACAGUGGCGCUUCUGCCAAUGUUACCAGCCGGACACAGUCAGCAAGGGGGAACAGGGAAACUGUGGCUACACAUCCACAACUAUCUAUCUACACUACAAACAAGGGGGCACGACGACGCAGGAAAACAAAGCACUUUUUGUUCCGAGGAGGGCCUGCGUUGCCUUUUACCGACGUGACGAAUUGGGGGGAACGAGUGAAAACGCCGUUCACGAGGAGUAAAAGCACCUGAGAUGGUUUGGAAGCUGGAGGCCUGUCACAGCGCUGACAAGCACGCUACAACGCACACGCAGCGGUUUGGUGGAGCGUGCGCUGAUCAGUUUCUCGUGGUAACCCACCGCCAUGCCGUUCCCCUUUGGCAAGUCCCACAAGUCGCCGACAGACAUCGUCAAGAACCUAAAGGACAGCAUGACGGUGCUUGAGAAGCAUGACAUCUCUGACAAAAAGGCUGAGAAGGCCACGGAAGAGGUGUCAAAGAGCCUGGUGGCCAUGAAGGAAAUCCUUUAUGGGACUAAUGAGAAAGAGCCCCAAACCGAAGCUGUGGCCCAACUCGCUCAAGAGCUUUACAACAGCGGCUUGCUCAGCACGUUGAUAGCUGACCUCCAGCUCAUUGACUUUGAGGGCAAGAAGGAUGUAGCGCAGAUCUUCAACAACAUCUUGAGACGUCAAAUUGGCACUCGAACACCGACGGUGGAGUACCUCUGUACCCAGCAGAAUAUACUCUUCAUGUUAUUAAAAGGGUAUGAGUCUCCAGAGAUUGCCCUAAAUUGCGGAAUCAUGUUGAGGGAAUGCAUCCGACAUGAACCCCUGGCCAAAAUCACACUGUGGUCGGAGCAGUUUUAUGACUUUUUCCGAUAUGUAGAGAUGUCCACGUUUGACAUCGCCUCAGAUGCGUUCGCCACUUUCAAAGACCUCCUUACAAGACACAAGCUACUGAGUGCAGAGUUUUUGGAGCAAGAUUAUGAUAAAUUCUUUAGCGAAUACGAGAAGUUACUCCACUCUGAAAACUACGUGACAAAAAGGCAGUCUCUCAAGUUACUAGGAGAGUUGCUUCUUGACCGGCACAACUUCAGCAUCAUGACAAAAUACAUCAGCAAGCCUGAAAAUCUGAAGCUCAUGAUGAAUUUGCUGCGUGACAAGAGCCGCAACAUUCAGUUUGAGGCGUUCCAUGUUUUUAAGGUGUUUGUGGCCAACCCCAACAAGACGCAGCCCAUCCUGGACAUCUUAUUAAAAAACCAGGCCAAGCUCAUCGAGUUCCUCAGCAAGUUCCAGAACGAUAGAACAGAGGAUGAACAGUUUAAUGAUGAAAAGACCUACCUGGUCAAACAGAUCCGAGACCUCAAGAGGCCCACCCCACAGGAGGCCUGAGGCAAGGUGCCAAGGACAACAAAGGAGGCGGGGCCACCACUUCCCGACCGCUCAACACCUGCUUAACAGACCCAUCAGCUGCUGCCGUUCUGGUUUCUGAACAAAAAAAGCAUUUCAAAGUUGUUGGGAGGUUGCCAGCCAUCAAGUGAACAUUUGUCCCCCCCGCCCCUUCUUUAGUUCAAAAGAAAACAGUAGAUGCUGCUGCUUCCAUGCACCUUAACCCAAACACGGUCCAGAAACACACAAGUCCAUCAUAAACAAAAGUUAAUGAACGCCUCCUACUUGGUACACACAUAGAAGUCAGGAUUUUAGUCGUAAUGAGUACUCAUUAGAUAUGAGUAUAUGACCAACACUUACAUACACGCGUUCUGAAAGAUUAUGGCCUCAAACCUUUGUGAUGGAAAUGGUACGAGAAACAUGGUUGUUUGCCGCCUGCCUUGCAAGGUGACGGAGGGGCAUCGGCGCCUGAUGGCGGCACUGCCGCGACCCGGCCAGUGUUGCUGCCAUGUUCAGACUGGUCAGACUGACAUGAGUCAAUGCCUUCGUCCAAUAUGGUGUGUGAGUGUGUGUGGGGGGGGCUCGCAAAUGCCAUGACACACAGUAGUCUUGACCGCCUGAGUGCUGUUAAAUAACCCACCACUGAGAAUUCUUGGGAAAAGCAAGAGAAAUGAAACUUGUGAAUACCCAAAAGUUCUCUCUGUAUUAUUUUUUGGGGAAUAGUGAGAACAUGUACAUAUGGACUUUUUUUUUUUUUUGCUUUGUAGGUUUUUUUGUUUGUUUAACCUUAACAUAGGAAUAUACGUAAUAUUGGUAUUUACCUUAAACAUAACGUUAAUGGUAAUCGAAUUUCUAAACCUUCAUUAAGCAAUUGUUUUUACAUUUCAUUUUACUGCUGAGAUGGUUGCUGCGUUUCUUGUUUGUAACUUAAAGUGUCGCUCCCAUAUUUCCUACCCAACGGAAUAUUAAUAAAAUGUGCAAAGAGGGAAAGUGAAAGGCUCAGAAAGGGCUCCAUUCUGUUUUUUGUUUUUUUAACAACAUCUCUCCUGGAUAGAAAAGGGAGGUUGAGAUCAGUAGUGCUUUAGUUAAAAGCCAAUUGAAACCAACUGCAAAUUGGAGGAAAGAACCCCAAGGGAUAUCCACUCCUCAAUAUCAGUGAUUGUAUUUCCCCAUUCUUUCUGAGCUACUGGCUUGUUUCUUGGGAAGUGCUUUUGUGGUACACUUAGUAAGACCUUGGUAGCUUUCCAACUACCUCUAAGGGUCUUUUAAUGGAAUAUAAAUCCAGUACAGUUAUGAGUGCUAAGCAUCUGUGGUUGGAAGAAUUGGGCGUGAUGGUUUGACCUUAUGGUACGUAAACAAACCUAUGAACAGAAUUGCAGUGAGUUGACAUAGUCCACUAUAUAUAUAUCAAACAGGUAAUAAGUAUACCUAUAGUGCAGGCCACAGCACUGCUCAGAGCCCAGCCCCUCCACGCACAUUGAACAUGCAUGUUCCUACACUGGCUGUGCAUGAUGCUGUACUAAUGAUGUUGUACUGGAAUUGUUAAUUUAACAACUUUGAAAUGUCACAUUGAACUCAGCUUGUAUGCAGCUUUUCAGCGUAAAACAAAUGGGUGCUUUCGGAAGUGUCAAAAGUCCUGAGCCGAAUGAGAAUAAAGUAAAAAAAAGUUUGAAAUUAAAUAA